GUGUGACGUCAGCUGCUGUGUGGAGGAGUAUAGGCUGUGCUGUCAGCCUGGUGUCAGUCUGAUGAAGAUUGGCAUGCAGGCCCAGACUGAAGACUUGGAUCGUGGUAUGACCCAGAUAAAUCCUCAAUGUGAAACCAUCCCAUAAUGCAACAUGUUCCCCCAGCACCUGCAAUGACAAUGAUGGCCACCCAGAGUGUUCCUCCAUUGUGUCAGGAAAGCCAACAGAUGACAGGCACAACGCAACAGAUCACUAAGGCCCCACAAGUCCACAUCCCACCAGCCUCUGCAGCAGGAAAUACCUCUGUCAGCGUGACCCUUGAUCCUCAGGCUCAGCUGGAAUCUGACAAGAAGGCUGUUUACAGACACCCGCUGUUUCCUCUGCUGGCGCUGUUGUUUGAGAAGUGUGAGCAGGCCACACAAGGAUCUGAGUGCAUCACGUCUGCCAGCUUUGAUGUGGACAUUGAGAACUUUGUCCACCAGCAGGAGCGAGAACAUAAGCCUUUUUUCAGUGAAGAUCCAGAACUGGACAAUCUGAUGGUGAAAGCCAUUCAGGUGCUGCGGAUCCACCUACUGGAGCUAGAGAAGGUCAACGAGCUCUGUAAGGACUUCUGCAACCGUUACAUUACUUGUCUCAAGACCAAGAUGCACAGUGACAACCUUCUCCGCAAUGAUCUCGGAGGGCCCUAUUCUCCAUCCCAUACCGAUCUCAACAUGCAGCAGGAGCUGAUCCAAGCCUCCUCUACAUCGUUGACUUCAGUUUCCAGUUCUGCUAACCCUUCAGGGAUCGUUGUUCCCACAGGAGGUCUGCAGCAGGGUGCAGUCACUAUGACAACCAUCAACUCCCAAAUAGUUUCAGGUGGGACCCUGUACCAACCUGUUGCCAUGGUGACAUCCCAUGCACAAGUAUUAACACAGGCACUACCUCCAGGACCCAUCCAGAUACAGAACUCACAGGUGAAUGUAGACCUGUCCUCUCUGUUGGACACUGAAGACAAGAAGUCCAAGAACAAGAGGGGUGUCCUGCCCAAACAUGCCACCAACAUUAUGCGCUCGUGGCUCUUCCAGCAUCUCAUGCAUCCGUACCCAACAGAGGACGAGAAGAGGCAGAUUGCGGCUCAAACCAAUCUAACCCUUCUACAAGUCAACAACUGGUUCAUCAACGCUCGUCGGCGUAUCCUCCAGCCUAUGCUGGAUGCCAGUAAUCCAGACCCGACCCCUAAGGCGAAGAAGAUCAAGUCCCAGCACCGUCCAACGCAGCGCUUCUGGCCAGACUCCAUCGUAGCUGGAGUUCUGCAGAAACACUUAUCCCAGACAGGAAACAGCUCAGAAAACCCACUGGGCUUUGACAGCCUCCAGUCACUGUCGUCAGACUCUGCCACCCUGGCCAUACAGCAAGCCAUGCUGGGAGCCGAUGAUUCUAUGGACGGAACCGAGGAAGACGAUGAAGAAGAAGAGGAGGAGGAGGAUGAAGAGGAAGGAUUGGAGGAUGAAGAAGAAGAAGAAGAAGAAGAGGAAGAGGAGGAGGAACACAACAGGAGAAGACAAAUUUCCAUGAAGGCUGAUCUGAGCAUGGAGUCUAAAGAGGAGCUGGAGUAUCUAACCGAGUAUCAUGUUUCCCUCUCUUCUGGACCAAAUGCAGGUUCCACCAUGUCCAUCGCCCAGGCUGCGGCCAAGGCCAUGCUAUCUGAUGCCCUGCUGCAGGACAGUUCAGGGAUACAGCGGACAAAACACCUGGAGCUGGAGCUUCCUUUAGAUAAGGUCAUCAAGUAUGUCUCUGUGGGCCUCCCACUGAUGCUGGUGUGCAUGGCGUUUGCUCGUGAGAUCUCCCUCGGACCUCAGAUCAGCUGUUUCACUCCCAGCAACUUCACAGCCAAACAGGCCAGCUAUGUGGACAUGUACUGCUGGGACACUCUGAUGCAUCAUGAGUUCGACAGUGAUGGGAACUUUGAAGAGCGCUCUCUUUGGGUGCAUAAGAUGUUUCCAUACUCUCUUCUGGCCAUGGCCAUCCUGAUGUACCUGCCGGCUCUGAUCUGGCGCAGGCUCGUCACCCCCACCCUGGGCUCAGACUUGCUGUUCAUCAUUGAUGAACUGGACAAGUCAUACAAUCGCUCAGUCCGACUGGCUCAAAGCAUUCUGGAUAUGCGCCAAAAUACGAAGAACCCGCUGACGUUUCAGGCUGAGCUUCAGAGGGCCAAGAGGAAGCGAUACUUUGAGUACCCCCUACUGGAGAGAUACUUGCAGUGCAAACAAAAAUCCUAUUUUCUUGUCAGCAUGCUUUUUCUGCGAAGCUUUCUCCUCCUGACCUUCAUAACAUCUGCCUGCCUCUACCUGGUCUACUUCCACCUCUCAGCCUUCUUGCAGGAUGAAUUCAGCUGCUUUGUCCGAACAGGGAUGCUGCGAGAUCAGAUCUGGAUCCCAGAGCUUGUUCAGUGCAAGAUCAUUGGUCAGUUGGUGUUUCAGGUGAUUGGCAUGGUGAACGGUGCCAUCUACGUCCUGCUGGGACCCAUCAUCCUCUUUAACCUUAUCCGACUCUUUGUCUGGGACAGUGCCCUCAUCUCUGUCUAUGAGGUCCUCCCAGCUCUGGAUCUCCUUAAUCGCCAAAGGCUGGGAUGUCCACUGAAUGACCUCAAUGUCCUCCUGCUGUUUCUGAGAGCCAAUGUGGCUCACCUGAAAUCGUAUGGACAGGUGAGGGCUUUGUGCUCUCUUGCACCACCACAAGUGGGCAGUAGUGCAGCAGGCCAGGGCUUACAUGCAAUGCUGACCCAAGAGGAAAUAGAGGAGCGUGAAGAAGCUGCGAUGGAGUUUGCAGAGGAAGUGAGAGAGGCCAAGGAGGAAGGGAAGUUAAACCUGGUGGAUAUCAUGACUAUUCUGGGAGCAGCUCAGGGAAGAGUGAUGAACUGCAGAGAGAAGAAGCCUCUGGUGGAAGAAAAUAUGAGUCUGGGUACCAAAACACUUGCCUACACUGUCAAAUGCAUUCUCCUAGCUGCUGUUUUCACUUUCAUCAUUUGGGAUGUACAGAAAAUUAUUGCCUAAUCUCCAGAAGAGAGAUGCUGCUUGAGUUGUGCUCUCUGGGUGAGAUUACUUCAGGAGAACUUAUGGAAAAAUUAGUUUGGAAAGUUUUCCCACUGUAUAUCGAAAAUUUUAAACAAAUAUUGUCUUCGCUGUUUACUGCUUUCCUCUUUAAAUCUGAGUAUUAUAACCACAGAUCAGUCUUUGCCCUAACUGGCCUCUCUGUCUCUUCACAGAGCCAAACCAGCAGGGGUACCGCGAGUUGAAGGAGACUGCACCAUUCAGUCAUUACUAGACCUUCAAAGGACUGAAUCAGAAUUGGGGUGUGUGGGUGGGGGUUGUCCUCUGUAGAAAAAAAGAGCUUUUUAAAAUCACAGAUUGCUCCUACUGCAAAGGCUGAUGAUGGGUCUGCUUCCUGCUGCUGGACUUGUGAGGCUUCCAGAGACUUGAUCUGUCUUAGAGUGAGAAGACAACGUUUCAGAGAAGAUGUCUGCUGGAAUGUGGGUGCAAGAUGAUGUUAUAUUGAGAUUUAGGCCCUGUUCCAGUCAGUCACAUUUAUAGUAAUACUAUUAGUAUUGUGGCUGAAGUUAAUUUGCAAUAUUUGUAUUGUGUUGUUAAUUGACAUUACCCCAUCAAAUACAGCUGUUAAAUAAGAAGUAAA